AUGAGUGGUUUACUGAAGAUAUUAUUCAUUUAUUUUCUAUUCGAAACGGUAACAUCUGAUCCUAUCAAUCGUCAUAUGAAAAUUGAUGGUAAUUUCGAUGACUGGAAAAAUGUACCAUCAUAUAGCGACCCUGAAGAUAACAUGGAAGGUACGGUUUAUGAUGUUAGUCCAUGGUUUCCAUCAUUCAAAUUUCCUGAUUGUCAUGAUGGUGAUUCUUUGGAUACAUCUACUGUACCAAAGCAUAUUUAUAAUCCAAAUGUAAAUAUAGUUGAAUUAAAAGUAGCUCACGAUAAUUCAUCGUUGUAUAUAUACUGUCGAGUGGUAGAUGGUGGCGUCAUUGGAAGAACGUCUGUCGGAUCUAAUGAGUUUAAUCAAAAGAAAAAUUCAUCAGAAUCAUCAGCUGGCAGAUUCUAUAUAAUGACCGCAGUUAACAUUGAUCAUAAUCCAACAACAGGUUGUUGGUUACAUGGCGGUGGCUAUCACCCAACAGCGCCAGGUUUUGAUGGAAAUAUUGAAAUUGAAUUCUAUAAUGGUUCAUUCAAUCAGAAUUAUUUUGUUGAUCAUGGAGCUAAUAAUGAUAAUGAAACAAAUUAUUUAAAGCAACAAAAUAAAGAGAACUAUUUCGUUAUUCGUCCUGCUACUCAUGAGUAUUUUACACAAUAUAUUUAUUGGAAUCAUCAACCUACUGCUAAUGAAACGAAUCGAUGUUUAGAAGGACCGUAUCAAUUACCUGGUUCAACUAAAACAAAUUAUAUUUGCUUUACUAAAGACAAAGCUCCUGGACCCUUCAAUGGUGUUAUUAGCUAUGCUCGAAGUGUAAAAGGCAAUGAAUUGGAACUACGAGCACCAUUUCAAGCUCUACUGUCGAAUUCACAGACGGGUCGAUCUACUCUUGAGCUAGGAAUGACCGUUAAUAUAUCGUUAUCGUUGGAGACAAGUGAAGAAUAUUCAGUACCACAGGACUGGUCAUCGGAUACAACAGCAACUAUUCAGUAUACCUUAUCCAAUGACAGUGCAUAA